AAAGUUGUCGUCGAUGUUGUGGCCUUUCUGGAGAAGGAGUGCUCAUCGAGGGGACUUCAUGUGGCUGCAGCAGCUAUGACUGGCGAUUGGAACAUUGAUGGCACUGGCAGAGAUCAUGGGGCGCGCGCUAAAGCCUUGUCGUCCACAUCUCGUACAGUAUGCACUACUUCAAGAUCGUCUGAUGAGGAGGAAGAAGAGGGCAGCCCCGUCGGCGUGAAUCAGAACUCUGGCGUCUACGGAAGGGUCCAGAGUUUCCUGGCUAAGUCGGGCUUCCAGGAUGUGUGGCAAAUGCACGCUGAGAAGGAAAGUCUUCCUCGUGCGCCGAGUUACGAGGGCGACUGGGGAGAACUUAGUGAAGAAAGCCUGGUGAAGUAUGGAGUUACGAGUGACCAG